AUGCAUCUUUUCAUGCCAACACUCCUCGUCUCGCUGUGGACCACAGUCCAAGCCCUCCCUCCCCAGGGCCAGCAGCACAAGCUCUUCACCCGAGGACCCGCCUUCGCUGGCUUCCCCAACGCCACUAUUCAAAUCCACAGUCCCGACCUAGGCGCAUCUGGAUCGCAACUGGGCAUCGACUUCACUCUCGACGGUGCAGGCUUCUUUCCCGCACUGUCCUGGAAACGCCCGGCGCGCGUCACCGUCCGCGAAUACGUGCUCGUCAGUGAAGACGCCGACGCCGACGCCGAAACACCCAUCCUGCACGGACUAUACUACGGCAUUCCACCUGUGUUCACGGGAUUGACCAACGAUGAUUUUGCCGUCGAUACCUCCCGCAAGGAACCGUACUCGUUAAAGGGCGGGUUCCAGUACGGCCGCAAUCUGGGGCUGACGACGUAUAUGCCGCCAUCACCGCCGUUGGGACGGGGUCGGCAUCGGUAUUUCUUCCAGCUGGUGGCGCUGGGUAACCCGUUGGAUCGGAAGCGGAUGGACUCGUUUGAUGCAUUGGAUGGAGUACGCAUCAUAAACUCAUUCAAUAAGACGCAGCUGUUCGAUGCAGGAUUCAUUCUAGGCUGCUUGUUUUACAGUAUCCUGAGAGAAUAUAUAUCUGACGGACAAUGUUCAAUACCAAUGGUUGACAAUGAUUAUCAAUUGGGAGAAUAA